CAAAACAAAAAUUCUAUUUAUUUUCUUGACCAGAGGAAAAAAAAAGAUUCAGUUUGCCUAAACCCCUAAAAACACAGCAAAAUGGAUCCCAGAUUUUGCUUAAUCUCAGCUCUAAUCUUCUCGUCUCUCCUUUCAAACUCGCCCAUAUUGAUUCUUGCUCAAAUUAGUACUCCGUGUUCACCAACCAUGCUCUCUAGCGUUACGGGGUGCAUGAGUUUUCUAACGGGAGGUGGUAGUUCUCCGACUUCUGAUUGUUGUGAGGCUCUUAAAUCGUUAACCGGAACCGGUUUGGACUGUCUGUGUCUGAUCGUGACCGCAAGUGUGCCCAUCAAUAUUCCUAUUAAUCGAACUCUAGCCAUCUCUCUUCCUCGUGCAUGUGGCAUGCCUGGUGUCCCCGUUAAGUGCAAAGCUUCUGCAGCACCUCUUCCUGCUCCAGGCCCUGUGUCUCUCGGUCCAACCACUCCUCCUACAGAAACGCAAUCUCCACAAGGCUCAGCUUCUUUCGGUCCUACCACUUCUCCAUCAAGUUCGAUAACUCCUGAUGACCAGAAUAUUCCCGCAUCGAACAAGGGAGAAACCCCGACAGUCUCAACUCCUUCAGCCUCGUCGCCUUCCUCUUCGCACUCUCUCAAGCUUCCGCUUCUUCUACUUACUGUUUUCGCCUUUGAGAUUAUCAAUUUAUUCUAAGUUAAGCCCAAUUACAUAUGUCAUAAUAUGGAUCAUUACUUUCCUAUAUAUUGAUCUGAUUCUGAUUAAAUACUGUUCUAAAAUUUAGUUGUAUUUGAUGCUUGCAUGUCUCGUAUUAACAAAGAUGUUACCACAAAAGUUUAUCCACACCAAAUUAAGUGGUUAUUAAAG